CAUGAAGGCUAUGGUGCCUCCAUGAUAGGAGUUUCAGCCUCAGGGCAGGUUGGCAUCCCCUGGCAGAGGAUGCCUGGGGAGUCAGUGCCACGCCCAUGCAUGAGAAGGCAGCUCCCCUGAAGAGCCCCGAGCCCAGGCACGGUCGUGAGAAGCUGGAGGUGUCCCACAAGCAGAAGAGUUUGGAUUCCCUCGACGGCAGCCUCCGCCUGAAUGAAGCCCUCAAGGAUGAGGACAUCAAGAAAUGCCACAGGGAAGUGGCUGCUAGCAAGUACAACUCCCAGUACCACAAGCUGUUCAAGGACAUCCCGACGGAGGAGAGCGUGCUGAAAGUUUGCUCCUGCGCGCUCCAGAGAGACAUCCUCAUCCAGGGAAGGCUUUACAUCUCCCCCAACUGGCUCUGCUUCUACGCAAACCUUUUUGGGAAGGACAUUAAGGUGGUGAUCCCAGUGGUGUCUGUGCAGCUGAUCAAGAAGCACAAGACGGCUCGGCUGCUGCCCAACGGCCUGGCCAUCACCACCACUGCCAGCAGAAAGUACAUCUUUGUAUCCCUCAUCUCCCGUGACAGUGUCUAUGAUGUCCUGAGGAGAGUCUGCACCCACCUGCAGGUUUCCAGUAAGAAGAGCUUGAGCCUGAAGGAGCUGUCGGAGGAGCCGGACUCUGUGUCACUGGAGGUGAUCGUCCCCGAGGGCAAGUGGAGGAAGGUGUCACCUACCUCACUGUCCCUGUCACUGCCAGAUGCCAACUACCAGUGCAUCCACCGGACCUCUGUCAGCAGCCUGAGCACCAAGGAGAGCUCCUUCACCUCUGAGGAGCCACUGGUUUCAGAAAGUGCAAUAAACACCGAGGAGGAGCUGGAGGUGGAGCAGAGCUGCGUGGCAGAGCUCAGACCCUCUGACUACCAGCUCCUGAAGAUCUUCAUCGUGCUCAUCUGUCUCCUGGUGGUGUCCUCCUCGUACCUGGCAUUCCGCAUCUUCCGUCUGGAGCAGCAGCUCUGCUCCCUGAACCGGGAUUACCUCUCCCGCGGGCACAGGAGGUGACCGUUCCCAGGUGCUGGCUGAGGAUGGACACUGAGCUGGUGGCACCCUGCCCACGGAUCCCAGUGCUGUGUCCUCCCAACCCUGGCUGUUACAUUUGGUCCGGCUUUCCCUCGGCUGGUAAAAUGGGACCAAGUAUUUUCUCUCUUCCUUCGGGCACUUGCUCCUGGUGGGACUUUCCAGCCAGGUUCUGGCCACCAGUGCCAACUCCCCAUCCCACUGGAAACCUGUUUUUUCCCUGGGACACUGCUGUGCUGUAGCACUGGACAAUGGCUCGGGGCUGCCGAGCACUUGGACCUUCCCUUAGGACUUGCUGCUAAGAUGGAUGCUGGUUUUUAUUUCAGGCUUGGAUUUUUCUUUUGUUAAAAGAUGACCUUGGGCUCACCAGGACCCCCCAGAAAUGUGGAUGAGUUGCCACUGCUGCUCUGGGAGAACCCACCUGUUUGUCCCUGUCUCAGUAUCCCUGGGAAUGUUCCUGGAGGAAUGGCCCUGAACACAGGGAUCUGUGGGGAUGGGGAGAAAGGUCCCACCAGCCCUGUGGGGUGUCAUUUACCCCAUAUACAAGGAUGGGGUUCAAGCCAAGGCUGCCCAGCCCUUCUCUCUUGGAGCACUGGGCUCAGAGAGGGGUGUGUGUGUGUGUGUGUGUGCAUCCCUUGCAAAGCACUUUAAGGUCCCCCAGACCCGGUGUCCUCGCUGGGGUUCACACCUGGCCCAGAUUAACUUUGUUACUCCUGCUCACUCCAUGGGGACCCUGGAGAGGAGCCCAUGGCUGGCACUGGGGACUGUCCCGGAGUGCAGCGUCUGUGCCCUGGCUCUGUUAACCUUGUCACCACAUGGAGCUGAGUGCUGCAGGAUCUGUCUCACAGGAUUUGUCCCUCAGCCCCCCUGGGAGCACCCUGGGGUGGCAGGUGGUACCGGUGUGAUUCCUUUCUUUCCUGUUUUUUUUUGGAACUACAAGUGCUGACGGGGCCAAAUCCCAGCGCCCUGGGGAAGAGCUCACUGCUCACUCCAGGCUUGGAACGGCUUUUAAAUGGAAUUACAAUAAACCCAGGAUUUUCUAGCA